AUGGGAAGUCCCGACGCGUACGAUUCUGCAGGCACCAAGCGGAGCCCAGCAGCAGAUUAUGUGAAGUUUCUCCCGAAAUCUAUUCCGCUGCCUACCUUCUACACGGAAGAGGAACGCGACUCACUGAUUGGGACGUCGCUGUCACACGCUCUCGAGCAGAAGCUAGCAAGCCUUGAGAGAGAAUUUGAGCAACUUCGAGAGCUCACAGCAGAACUAUCGUGGUGCCAACGAGCCUGGUGGAGCGCAGAACACGGAGUGAUGACAUUUGAUGACUGGAAAUUAGCGGACGCCAUGUAUCGAUCCCGAGCGCUAGAGCUGCCCCACGGUGUAGGAGACUCAAUGGUCCCGGUGCUUGAUAUGGCAAAUCAUGCCUCGGAUAACCGCUCGAACGCUCGUUUCGAGGUGGAUGAAAACGGAAAUGUUCUUCUACUUGUCCGCGACGACAAGACAAUUGCACCCGAAGAAGAGAUCACGAUAAUGUACGGUGUAGGUGGGGCUUGCGAGAUGAUUUUCUCGUACGGAUUCCUGGAAGAGGGUGCCAGUAGUGCCAGAGAAAUGUUUCUCAGCCUCUCAAUACCUGAAGAUGAUCCGCUGCGACUUGCCAAGAUAAGGUAUGCGAAGGAGGCGCCAGGCGUCCGUGUCUAUGUCACUGCGACAGGCGAUGUUGAGUGGGACAGCAAUUAUUUGUGGUGGGCGUGUGUUAACGAAGAAGAUGGCCUCGACUUCCGCAUCAUGCAAACCAACGACGGCGAACGGGAGCUGCGAGCGGUGUGGAAAGAAGAAGACUUCGACCCACAUCACUUCAGAGACAUACUGGCUGCAGACAACCUUUGGAGUGUCUUCGCUCUCCGAGCAAAUGUUCUGAUUCAGCAGCGAUUUGAAUCUCAAGGUGCUGAAUUGACGGGCACUGAGCAAUCAUUCAUGGCCUGUGAGGAUCGGAUCUCCCGACAAGUUUGGCUUCUUGUCAAGCGUCUGCGGGAACUGGAGCUUGAUCUGAUCACUGCAGGUUUCCUGCAAGUCGAAGAAGAGAAGGACAAGUUGCUAGCUUCCCCCAUGGUGAGGUCGUAUCUCGGAGUGACCCCAGCUUCGGACGACGAUGGGCUUUUCGCCCGCUUCGAGAAAGGCUCGUCAUCACUAUCGCCAGGGACUGCGGCUCAGGUCAAGGCCGAGAUCGAGUCAUCAAGAGACGAUGUCCUCUACGUUGAGAUUCCCGCACCUGUACAGAACGGAGCGCACACAACAGGAGCCUCAACGGUGGCCGCUUUUGUCGAGUCUUUCGAACAAAAGAUUCAAGAACACGAGAAGAGACCAGCAAACAUAUCCGCGUCUACACUAAUCUCAGAAACUGCAGCCACGAAGCACGUGUUAACCAACGCCUCGAAAACACCUCCCCGGAUUCUGUCCGAUCAGUACAUCAACCUGUUCUUCCAGGAAUGGCAACCUCUUUUUCCCGUCUUACACAGACCAACCUUUCUUCGAGUGUAUGAAAACUAUUUGGCCGGUCCUGAUGCUGGCAACUGGCAGAGCAACAAGCAAGCCAUUGCGCAGCUCUUCCUGAUCUUUGAAAUUGCAGCGCUGUCCUCGGGUCACCAACUCAAAUCGAAUUGCCCGACUUACGAGAACCAAUGGCGGAGAGCGCUCUACGCCACAUCAGCAGCUCCCAACGUCGCAGCCAUACAGUCUCACGUGCUGGCACAACUGUGCUACCUUCUCCGCGGUGACUACCCCCAGCUUGCUCGACACCGCGGCAUCGCUGUGGGAAUGUGCCACCAGCUUGGUCUGCACCAAGGACACAAGUAUCACACGCAUGGAGUCUUCGAAGCUGAGACGAGGAGAAAGGUCUUCUGGUGCCAAUACACUUUGGAUAAAUUUGCCUCCGCGGCCACCGGCUCGCCAUCACUAUUGCGAGAGAGCGACAUUACGACGGAAUAUCCUGCUGAUGUUGAUGACGAGAACUUGACAUCACAGGGCUUUUCGCCAGCUCUGCCUGGCGAGACUACCAAAAUCUCCAGUGCGCUAGCCAUGUUCAAGGCCUCACGUAUUCUCUCGAAAACCUUGGACCAUCUGUACUCGUCCAAGGCAAGCUACGAGUUGUCAAUAAGCAAGCUACAUACAUAUUCCGAUGACCUUGAUAACUGGUCCGAGGAGCUUCCGGAACACCUGCGCCUACGCUUCAGCAAUGAUAAACCGGCGACCAAUGUGAUCAGUUGUCGUUCGCCUCUUUUGUCGUUGACUUAUUUCUACAUUCGUGGACUCAUCCAUCGACCAUUAUUGUGCCAUGGCACAGGAAGUGCGCAAGCUGCAGCGACGAUCGUACUAGCAGCUGCUGGCAAGCAUACGCUCCAGAUCCUCGACUUGUUGGAUGAGCGACGCAUGAAUUACACCUUCCCUAUCAAUAAGAGAGAACUCCUUCUGACGUCGGGCCUGUCAAUACUCUGGCAGUCCAUCGACCUUGACGAAGACAGUAAGCUGAUCAAGGACAACCAGAAGUCGCUGCAACUGGCCUUGACUAUGCUCAGCCGGGAGAGCCAGACCUCCUACGCCGAGUUCCGCCGCAUCGCCACAGCUUUCAUUCCACUUCAGAGCCGACGCACCUCAGGCAAUAAGGACCAGGGGACAAGUCCUAAAACCAAAAGCAAAAUGCCUGCUCCGACGCCACAUGCAGCCAAGCCUCCCAAAUCAACCAAAAAGCAACUUCAGGCCAUUGCCUCUCGCUUCAGCACGGCAGUGAGCAGCAGCUCGCGAUCGGAAGAGCCACGCCGCGCCACGGUCGCUGCCACAAAUUUGGGUCAAUCUAUGUCGCCCCCACAUCGAGCCGGCAGCACAGUCAGCCUGUCUUCCACUCGAUCCGCGCCCGUCGCGAUAGCAUGCUCACCCAAUCAGCUGGUCCGGACUAACACCACCAACUCGAAUCAGUCCAUCAACCUCGACUACUUCGCCAUUGGUGACGACCAGAAUUCUCAUAACACAGCCGAUCACCAAACCACCAGUGCAUCCUCAUCUACCAUGCUGCCGCCCAAAAAGCCCAUUAUGCAGCAAGUGUCGCCCACUAUCGCCAACGCAAGCUGGGACAACCUCCUCCUCACCAACCCGCACUACAGCGCAAGCAUGACCAACAUCAACUCGACCAACAAUGUCGACUUCUUCAACUCCCCCAACAUGGCUGUCCAUACACCCAUGAGCAUGACAGGUGCUGGCGGCAGCAACAGCGGGAAUGAAUGGCUACAGGACAACGGCAACUGGAAUCUCCCCGCUAUGGACUUUUCCACCAAGGCGAAUGUCCCGCAGAGCUUGCUGAGCUUCUCGGGCGAGAGCAUCACCAGUGGUGAUGAUUUCUUGUUCAGCGCGAGCAGUCACAAUGGCAGUACGAGCACGAACGAGAGUCGUGGGAGCGGGAGCGGGACCGGAAUUGGUGGAGCGCGGACAGGUAGUGGGGAUCUGCCGACACUGACUGAGAAUGCAUUCAAAGGUAUUGCCAUUCCGGUGGAUGAUGAAUUUGACUUUGAUGUUUUGGAGGGAUGA